CCCCUCCUCCAAAAACUGACUUCCGGACACGGCAACGUUGUUCCCUCCCAAAAACCAAACCAGUGGACUUUCACUGUACGCACGUCCAUUUAACGGAUAUCCGAACAUCUACUCGCCAGUGUCGGUUCUCGUGGACAGCGUUUUGGGGAUUUCUGAGAGGUCGCCGGUGGUUGGGUUUUUGAACUGAAGGUCCGAGAGGACUCCUUUCACCCGGUGGCGGAUUUGAAUGACAAAGGGACGAACUGGGAGUUAAAAAGACGCGAAUUUGCAGGAUGGAAAAUCUKUCUCUUCUACUCUUGUUUUUAUCGAUGGGUGUAUCCCAUGCCAGGGUGGUGUCUCUGUCCCCUGGCCCUCUGCUCCGUGUGGAGGGCCAACCUGUCUCACUGCGCUGUGAUGUUACUGACUACGAAGGGCCCAGGGAGCAGGAUUUUGACUGGACCAUGCAGCAGGGGGGGGCGGGGUCUAUCCAAGUAAUCUCUACCUUCGAACCAAAGUACUCGGACGUGUCGCUAAGCGACCGGGUGGCCAGUGGUGACCUGAGCGUGGUGCGGCUGGGGGACAGCGUGGUGGAGCUGAGGAUACAGGAAGUGAGGUCUUCAGACAGCGCCACGUACCUCUGCAGUACACCCAGUACGGACUCUGUCUUCAGCGGGAACUAUGACGCAAGGGUGACGCUCAAAGUCAUUGCUAACACCCUGAAGGUGGCUCCAGAGGCCCCAGAGCCCGUGGUCCCCGAGGGUGGCGACAUCACCCUCUCCUCCAACGUCACCCGCCACUUCACUGAUCCCACCUACCUGUCCGUACCUGGUCGCUACGGAGACCAGGUAUCCCAUUGGUGGACAUCGCUGAUGCAGGGAUGUACGUGUGCACGAGGGAGGGAAUGGAUUCACGAGGAAGGGGGUCAGUGGAAGAACAUCGUGGAGAAGACUGUGGAGAUGGGAGCUGUGGCAGUCACACCUACAGCUCGUUCCCUGUCUGUCGUGGCCAAGUCCAACACCACGCUCAACAUGGACGACACCCUGACCCUCACCUGCCUGGUCUCCGCCGGCAACUUGGCCUCCCUGGCCCUGGAGGUCACCUGGCUUGUGGACGGACGCACAGCGGUCAGCCUGGGCCGUGACGGGGUGGUCUCAAACAGGUCCCCCUCGGUGGGGCUGGAGCGMACGGGGCCAGGGGAGUUUAGGCUGGUGGUGAGGGGGGUAAGGGGGUCUGACAAGGGGAUGUACUCCUGUAGGGUCCGGGCCUGGGUCGGAGGAGGAGGAAGAUGGUACCAGGCUGCAGAGAAGACCUCCAACCCAGUACAAGUUCUAGUCACACAGAUCAAGCCUAAUUUCGCAGUGACCCUUACCCCCUCGUCGACCCCGCAGGUCACAGGUGACCCCACAGAGCUGGCGUGUCAUGUGACCAACAUCACCCACUUCCUUGCAGGGGGCCGACUGGGCGUGGCCUGGGAGUACACACCACUUCCUGGUCCACCCGGCGACCGCCUAACAACCACACAGACCACACUCCCUAUUGGUUCCCUGGAUGCCCACGGCAACCUGAAGUCUGGGACGCUGUACCGUGAUAGGUUGGAGUCUGGUGCCAUCSUUCUGACCCGAGUAGAGCCGGAUACAUUCAAGCUCCGCUUCCUACGCACACAGGAGGUGGACAUGGGGGCGUAUGCGUGCAGUGUGACAGCGUGGACUCCAUCUAGGCAGGGUGGAAUGGAGGAGGCAGCAGAGUUCCUCACCCCCCCUCUGACCGUCCGAUGGGAACCCAAACGUCCGUCUCUAACCGCCGUGGCGCAGCGUGUGCGUGAGGCAGUGGCCGGCGGAUCCACCUUUGAGAUGAGCUGUACCAUAUCCCAUGUGCACUUGCAGGACCCGGGCUACUCUGUGCUGGUGCAGACUCAGGAGAGCGUGGACUCUGCCACCAGAACCGUCAUCUCUCUCAGUCCUGACUCUGUACUACAACAUGGAGGGGCUACAGACCCUAACCGCAGGGACAGCCUGGUUCUGACUAAGACGGGUCCGGCUGAGUUCCGCUUCCGUCUGGCCGGAGUGCAGCAGGCUGACAGGGGCUUCUACUGGUGUGACAUCACCGCCUGGACCAAACAACCAGGCCAGGCCUGGACCAAAGCUGUCAGCGCCAAGUCCAACAAGGUCCAGAUCAACUUCCAGGAGACUGGCCCCUCGUUCGCUGUGGCCAUCCGCUCUGACACCACCACUCUGUAUCCCUGGGAGACCGCCAAGAUGGUGUGUGCCCUCAGCGUCUCUGGA